CUGCAUACUUAUUUUGACUCUCGCGCUUGUUCUACAUCGCGCUUGGCAAAAAAAAUCUAAAUCCUUUGCCAUAGAACAAAAAGUUUCCAGGAAGAUGGGAGCUUCGAUUCGUGGAUUCGUCUUCAAGUUCUUCAUGUUCUUGGUGUUCGCUGGCUGGAUUCUCGUGUGGAUCAUGUCUCCAACAUCAGCGUUCUUCACCCAUUUCUCGGGGCCGAUUGCCGAGCGUGUUUCUCUCAAAUCCUACGGACAAACUGGAGUUUACACGCUCAUCUACACAGCUCCGGUUCUCUUCAUGGCAUUCAUCGCAGCGCUCUACCUGAGCCACACCAAGAAGCACACGAACACCAACGAGGGAUUGAGAAAGUUUCUCAAAGUUAAUCCGUGGACUUAUCCGGUUUUUCUCCGAGGACCACUGGCACUGAUUUCUCUCGCCGAGCUCGCGCUUCUCACAGCUUCCAUUGCCUUAUACACAUGGACUCUUGCAAAGUACAUGAAGGGCUCUUUCGAUAGGAUCAAUGUCCCUUUCGACUGGAUGGGAAGGCCUAUAACACUGGGACCACUAUGGGAACGAAAGUUCAACAUUGUUGGAAAAGUCUUUGGUAUGACUGGAGCCGUCCCUUUUGCGUUUCUCUUCUUCCCAGUCGCGCGGCUCUCUUCACUCUUCCGGCUGAUAAACAUACCAUUCGAGCAUGCCGUGCGGUACCACAUUUGGACGGGGCAUAUCACGAUGUUCCUCUGGACUGUCCAUGGCUUGGUUUAUAUCCUCUACUGGACAAUGGCAAACAAAUCACAAGAGCUUGUAAGGUGGCACAAGAUCGACAUAAGUGGGCUUACUGGAUUGUUUACUUGGAUCGUCGGCCUUCUGAUGUGGGGGACUUCUCUAGCUCCAGUCCGGAAGCACAGAUUCGAGCUCUUUUACCACACACACCAGCUUUACUUUGUCUUCAUCGUUGGCUUUGCUCUUCACCUCGGGGAGGGAUGGCUCGCCAUUGUUAUCGCCGGAGUGUUUCUCUUCUUCAUCGAUAGACUCUUCCGGUUCUUGCAAUCGAUGAGGCACGUUGAGGUGGUCUCGGCGAAAGUCAUCUCUCCAGAAACUCUGGAGCUCACUCUCGCUAAAGUUCCUGAUUUGAAGUACCCGGCCGCAAGUGUGAUCUUUCUCAACUUGCCAGCCAUCUCGAGAUUGCAGUGGCAUCCUUUCACUGUUACAUCAUGCUCAACUGUGGACGUGGAUCGAAUUACUAUUUUCGUGAAAUGCAGUGGAAGCUGGACCUGCAAACUCAAGUCGCUGCUCGAUCAGGAGCGUCUCAACGAGAACUCACACAACUAUCCCGUACACUUUGAAGCAGCAGUUGAAGGUCCUCAUGGUCACGAGCUGGAUCAUCUUCAUGCAUAUCCAACUUUGAUCUUCGUGGCCGGAGGAAGUGGAGUCGGACCAUUCAUCUCAAUCCUUAAGGACUUGCUCUACAAAGUCCACAACAAGCUCAGGCUUGCACCAAAGAAAAUCGUUUUCAUUCUGGCAGUCAAGUUCUCCGAGGAGCUCCAGAUUCUACAUUCCAUCUCACCUUCUUCCAUCGCUCCCGAUUUCUCCGCUGCGGAUUUCUUGGAACUUCAUGCUUAUGUCACUCGUGAGAGCGAAAGUGAUCUCGAAUCCCCCGUCAAGUUGAACGAGCUCGAUCAUAAGUCCGUCAUCCAUUUCGCGGGACGCGCGGCAUCGUCUGGAAAUCCAAACGCGAAGAAAGUUAGAGCAGUGGCAAAGACAUUUGGCUACAAGCUGUAUGCAGCAACAAUCCUGGCAUCGUUCGCAGGAUACAUGCUCAUCGCGGGACUGGUGCACCGCUUCUACAUCUAUCCGAUGGAUCACAAUACGUACCAAGUUUGCUCGAUAUCGGGUAGAGGAUUUGCGUCGCUUCUGGAGUACGUGGUCGCCAUUUGUGCCUUUGGUGGUGGAACUAUCCUCCUGUGGAACUGGUCCAAGUCGAGACGAGACUCUAAUCUUGUAGACGCGCCAGUGAUAGACCCAAGCUCGACGAAAAUGAGACCAAGCAAAGUGGUUUAUGGAAGACGCCCGGAUUUCCAAGAGAUCUUCUCUGAGCACGCAAGCAAAAACAAGGAAUGCACUGGAGUCUUCGCUUGUGGACCCGAGGGAAUGCAAAGGAAUGUGGGUUUCCAGUGCCGAGAUCACAAGCUCAACUUCCACCCAUUAAACUUUGAGCUCUAAACUUUUCUUUUUGGAAUAAAAAAGGAACAAAGAUGAGUA